GUCAUGCCCUCACUGGACGACGUGGUGCAGCUCGACUUGUCCUAAAGCUCAGUGAGCCAGGUUUCUUUCAAGAAACCUUCGCAAGUGGUGACCUCUGUUCGAGGGGAAGUCAUCAUGUCCAUACAUGACGUCCUCACCAAGCAUGGCAUGUUCAUAUUCGUUCUGUUCAACAUCCUCCUCACCUCUUGGCGCUUGGGCAACGCUUUCCUACCAUCGCAAUUUCGACGCAACUUGAAUGGCGAAAGCUCUCGUCCCUACUCCUAUCUUGGUGACGACUAUCCACUCGACUACCCCUUGGGGGACCUCGACGCGGUCGCCAUGACUUUGCAGGAGUCGGUCCAUUUCACUCUGAACGGCAGUGACCCCGUCGUCACCGCCGAGUGGGAGAGCAUUGCCGCACAUCCAGACGGAUUUGGCCGUACACGACUGGGCCCCGACCAUCGUCUCUUCGUCAUGACGUUCUACCACCAGCUGCACUGCAUCUGGAAGUUCCAGCAAGCGCUCGUGGAUCGCAACGAUCCCACUGCGUCUGAACACCAUGUGCAACACUGCUUGAACUACCUGCGGCAGACGUUCAUGUGCGAGGCCGCAGACAGCGUGGAGGAGGGAGACUUCAUGACUAGAGACUUCGAGCAGGAUCGUAUCGGAGAUACGCUAGUCUGCAGGGAUUGGGGCAAGGUAUACGAUGUACUAGAUGAAGCUUACGCGGGAUGGGAACAAUGGAGCAAGAAAUGGAACUGACAGUUGUGUCAUCACUGAUUGCCAACC